AUGGCCACCGCCCCGAAUAUGGAAUACGUCAAGCUAGGCAACUCUGGCCUCAAAAUUUCAAAGAUUGUCCUUGGAUGCAUGAGCUUCGGCGACCCUGCCUGGCAGGGGUGGGUAUUAGAUGAGGAGAAAGCCCUCCCUCUCAUCCACCAUGCCUAUCAGCGGGGAAUCAAUACUUGGGACACCGCCGAUUCGUAUUCCCAUGGGGUUUCGGAACAAAUUGUCGGGAAAGCAUUGAAGAAGCACAACAUCCCACGCAAUCGUGUGGUGAUCAUGACCAAGCUCUUCCCUGGUGUGGAUGACGAGGGUCAGCACCCGCCAUUACAUUUGACCCUGGCGAACAACGGAACCUGGGUGAACCGCGUGGGCCUUUCGCGCAAGCACAUCAUGGAUGCAGUGGACGAUAGUGUUCGACGUCUUGGCACCUACAUUGACGUUUUGCAAAUCCAUCGUCUUGACCGCGAGACGCCGAAGGAGGAAAUCAUGCGUGCACUGAACGAUGUCGUCGAAAGCGGCAAAGUGAGAUAUAUCGGUGCUAGCUCGAUGAGAGCAUGGGAAUUCCAGUCCCUUCAAAACAUUGCCAUCCGUAACAAUUGGCAUAAGUUUAUUAGCAUGCAAAGCUACUACAGUUUAAUCGGGCGAGAAGAAGAGCGAGAGAUGAUCCCAUACUGCAAGGACGCAGGAAUUGGGUUAGUUCCCUGGUCUCCGUUGGCACGAGGUGUACUCGCUCGUCCUUGGAACUCUCGUGUGUCCAACCGUGAAACAACUGACAUCGCUUUGAAACUGCUCGUCCGAAGCCGAGAAACUGAAGCUGACAAAGCAAUUGUGGACCGUGUUGAGAGGGUUGCGAAAGCAAAGGGUGUGGCUAUGGCCCAGGUCGCGAUUUCCUGGCUUCAUAGCCGUGGAGCCUAUCCCAGCUUAGGGCUUAACAGCCUCGAGCGUAUUGAUGAAGCAGUGGGAGCUUUGCAGGUGCAUCUUACCGAGGAGGAAAUUAAAGAUUUGGAAGAACCUUAUGUUGCUAAGGGACUCUCUUUAAUUGAAAUGUAG